AAAAGGUUAUAAGAUAUCGUAAACUUGUUUUGAAUCCUUUAGUUGGCUGAGUAACUUCACGAUCAAAAUGCGUGUUUCUGGAGUGGUUUUGGUUUUUCUUUGUGCAUGUGUUUUGACGACGUUUGCAACGGAAUGCAUAUACGAUCCCUUUGGAGAAUGUUUGUCGCCGUGCCCACCCGACACGUACUCAUACAGCCCGGGCUGCGGGUUCGACACGUUGUCGCGACGCACGUGCCGCGCGCCCGUCGCGCGCGUCAUCGGCCACUACUGCGACUACUCCCGAUGCGACUGCGAUGCGACUAAAGUCUGGGACGAGGUGAAGACGAAGUGUGUGCGGUUAGAGGAGUGCUCUGAUCAGACGGAGCUCAAUAAGAAGGAGACCGAGCUCAAUAAGGCGAAAGAAGUGAAAUAAAAUGUUAAAUAAAAUCAUACUGGCAUAUGUAAUUAGAAA